ACUAUAGGCAGAGUUCUUAGCGAUGUUGUUGUGGAAGGUCAGCAAUCAAAAUUUCCUGAGGAAAAGGUUUAACCUGCAAUAAAGGAGGAAGAAAGAGCUACAGCAGCCAUCACAUUAGCCAAUGUACCAAAGCCAACACCGGGGACAACUGCAGUGAUCAAUAAGACUCAGUAGGGGGCUGUCAGGGUGCAUUUUGCAACUCUUUAUUUAGGUAUCUGGCCAUGAUUGAUUGAUUGAAACCUUAAGAUAAGGAAUGAGUCGAAAGUGGCCUUUCAUCUGUGAUGACUUCCUGUAUCCAAAGAAACUCCAGCUACUGAACUACAUCUCCAGACUGAGGCUCAAAGGGUCUCACAGCAACUUUUUUGGUGCAACUUUACCACGAGAGAUAGACAAGAUGUUACUUCUACUAAAAGCGAUAUCACUGCUGCUUCUGGGACUGAUGGCUUCACAGUCACUUUGCGAAACUAUCCAAUACUUCAUAGAUGAAGAAGAAUCCCCUGGCACUGUUAUUGGAGUUUUGUCACACCAUUCAAUGUUUAAUACCACAGACAGUCUUGCCAACAAUUUCCGUCUGAUGAAGCAGUUCAACAGUUCCCUCAUUCAUGUCCGAGACAGUGAUGGGCAGCUGAGCAUCGGUGAAAGGAUAGACAGAGAGCAGAUCUGCAGGCAGUCUCUUCAUUGUACCCUGUCUUUGGAUGUGGUCAGUUUUUCCAAAGGACAAUUCAAGCUGAUAAAUGUGAAAGUGGAGGUAAGAGACAUUAAUGACCACAGCCCUCACUUUCCCAAUGAUGUAAUAUAUGUGGAGGUCUCUGAGAGCACCCCUGUUGGCACCAGGAUACCUGUAGAAAUUGCUGUAGAUGAAGAUGUUGGCUCCAAUGCAAUCCAGAACUUUAAGAUCACAGACAACAGUCACUUCAUUAUUGAGGUGCAGACCAAGGGAGAUGGGGUCAAAUAUGCAGAUCUGGUCUUAAUCAAAGAGCUCGACAGGGAAAACCAACCAACCUAUAAAUUGGAGAUAAUGGCUAUGGAUGGUGGACAGCCUGCUCUGUCUGGCACUGCAGUAGUUAAUGUAAGAGUCCUGGACUUCAAUGAUAACAGCCCUGUAUUUGAGAGAGGCACUAUUACUGUGGACCUUAUAGAGGAUGCUGCAGUGGGAUAUAUUUUACUGGACUUAAACGCUGCUGAUGCUGAUGAAGGUGUGAAUGGAGAGGUGGUCUAUAGCUUCAGCCCACUGGUAUCUCAAGAGGUACGUCGCCUAUUUAAAAUCAACUCCAGAACUGGUGGUGUUACCUUGGAAGACCAGGUUGACUUUGAGACCAAGCAGUCUUAUGAAUUUGAGGUCCAAGCCCAUGAUUUGGGUCCAAACCCACUUAGUGCUAGCUGCAAAGUCAUUGUGCAUAUAAUAGAUGUAAAUGAUAAUGCCCCAGUCAUCACCAUCACCCCACUCACUUCCAUAAGUGAAGACUUUGCCUACAUUACAGAGUCAGCUGCCAAGGAGACUAUUGUAGCUCUGAUCAGUACGACAGACAGAGACUCUGGUCCACAUGGGCAAGUUCAUUGCAUUCUCUAUGGGCAUGAACACUUUAUGCUGAAACAAGUAUAUGAGGAUAGUUUUAUGGUAGUUACCACUACUAAUCUAGACAGGGAAAAGAUAGCAGAGUACACCCUGACAAUAGUGGCUGAAGACCUAGGUUUCCCUUCACUAAGCACCAAAAAAUACUACACAGUCAAGGUGACUGAUGAAAAUGACAAUGCUCCUGUAUUUUCUAAGCCAAAGUAUGAAGUGUCUGUUCUUGAAAAUAAUUUUCCAGGUUCUUAUAUUGCUACAGUGGUAGCCAGGGACCCAGACACUGACCAUAAUGGCAAAGUAAUUUACAGGCUGGUGGAAGCAAAAGUAAUGGGCCAAUCACUAUCUACAUUUGUUGCUAUUGAUGCAGAUUCUGGGAUGCUCCGGGCUGUAAGGUCUCUGGAUUAUGAAAGAAUAAAACAAAUAGAUUUUGAGAUAGAGGCAACGGAUAAUGGAGUCCCUAGACAAUCAAAUCGUGCUCAAAUUAAACUCAAAAUAGUUGAUCAGAAUGAUAAUACCCCUGUCAUAACAUAUCCGCUGCUGAAUAAUGGGUCAGCGGAGGUCCUAUUGCCAGUCAGUGCCCCUCAGCAUUAUUUAGUUUUUCAGCUCAAAGCUAUGGAUGCAGAUGAAGGGCAGAAUGCACAGCUAACCUAUACCAUAAUGAGGGAUACCCAAAGACUAUUUGCUAUUAACCAAGAAAAUGGAGAAGUAUCCUUAAGAAAGCAAAUAAACCCUGACCAGACCAAGGAACUUAACAUUGUAGUUGCAGUGUAUGAUUCAGGAAGAACUUCCUUGUCCACCAAUGCUACAGUAAGGUUUAUCCUCACAGACUCUAUGCCUUCCAGCAUUGAGGUGGUCAUUUUGCAACCAUCGUCUGAAGACCAGCACCAGAUAGAUCUGUCCAUUAUCUUCAUUGCAGUUUUGGCUGGAGGUUGCGCAUUGCUGCUUGUGGCUAUCCUGUUUGUUGCGUGUACUUGUAAAAGAAAAAGCAAUGGAUUUAAGCAGGUACCUGAGAAGCAAGGGGGAUACAGUAGUGACCACCUACUAAAGAACUCCCCUUCUGAAAUGGGAUCAUCUAACUCCUCUGUGUCUCAAUCCAAGUCAUGCCAAAUCUCAAUCAGUGCUGAAUCUGAAGACUGCAGCAUGUCCUCUAACAAAGAACAUUGUGGAGACCAGCAAACAGGUGCAAAGCACCUGGAGUCUGUCCCAUCUUAUGAGACAUCUAGCUGGCAGCGGGACAGUUGUGCAGGAAGUGUAAGUGGGAAUUCUCACGUGGAACAGUACAGCACAAAGGACAGUGGCAAAGGAGACAGUGACUUCAAUGACAGUGACUCAGAUACCAGCGGAGAAGGGCAGAAAAAGAGCUGUGAGCAGCCAAUUCAGACUCAAGGUGGUGUACCAUACACAAAGGAAGUGAUGUCAUACCGGCAUGUAGAUAACCAUUUUGGCCACAGAAGCAUCAAUGGUAAUCAAUGUGGGAACUACACGCUGCAAAAGGGUUAUGCAGUGUCUUACUCAUUGGCUCCUGUCGGCACCUACCAUACAAGUCAACCAAAACUGUUGCCUCUCCCUCACCACAGAGACCUAUACUACCAUGUCAGCCAACCUAACAGAAUGAGGGCAGAGUAUGAAAGAGAUAUAGCAUCCAGAAGUGGAACAUUAUCUCCGCAAAGAAUGUCUAGAAUAAGGCACCAAGAACUGCACCACAAUCCACAGGUUUCUCUGCAGCACUACCCCACAGAAAUAGCUACAGCCUUCUAAGAAUUAGGCAUGCACCUAUUAGAGCUUGUUAAUAAUUGGCCUGAUAUAACUCAGGCUUACACAGGCUUUAUCUGCUUUUUAAUCCACAAUGGCUGCUGUUUUUUUCUGUAUGAGCCUAAAAUAAUGCAAAAUCACUUUCAUCCUAUGUGGCUGUUCACAUGUGGAUUGUAGGUGUCCCACCUGAGAAUGACGAGACUUUUUGUGAUAUUCUAAACUAGUUUUUGUCCAACCUGACAUGGGGCUCCUCUGUUGAAAUGACAAAUCCCAUAUUAUUACACUGAAAAACUUAAUGUUCAAGUCAGGAAUGUCCAAUCUGUUGCCUUCUAGCAAUAGUAGAAUUUUGAGUGUUGUUGUUUUUUCCUCUCAAUUCUGGGCCCCAACUUUUCGUUACUGACAGGACCCUAAUUGGACCACUUACUGUAUUUAAAUAAAACUACUGAUGUGUUUUUAUCAAGGCCUCAAGCUGGCCAUACCUAGGCUGAUAAAAGAUGCUUAUUUGGCCCCUCUAUACCAAGUUUAAAACUUAUCAGUUAAUUUAUGUAGUGCUUAAGUCUGCUGGAGCGAAAUCUGGCUGAAAAUUGUCCAAAUAUAUCUUUGGGGCAGGUUUGAAAAUCCCACAAAUCUGUGAGUUAAUGGUUCAUGUACUAAUGCUGUAUAAUCUGAGGACCAACAAUCUGAUGUGCUUGGUGAGCCACCAAGCCAUGUAUGGCCAACAUAAUUGUAUGUACAUGUACUACUAGGAAAAAUGGAUUCUUGUUGCACUGAUCAGCAUUGAUACUGUAUAAUAUGUAUAUAAUAAUAUACUGUGCAUUCAUGUAUAUUAUGUGUCCAAAUUUUUGUACAUAGAAAUUUCUUUCAAUGUAAAAUAUUCUUAAAGAUUUUCAAUAAAUAU